GCGCACACGCGACGCGCUCCGCAGAGCGAUCGGCAAAGCCGCCGCCGCUGUUUGGUGGAGGUAGUGGCAGUGACAGCGAACGCGUCUCUCUGUCUCUCAUUCCCGAAGUCGCACUCUCUCGCUCGAGUCGCCCGGCAUCGUCACAACGACUCGGGCUGACCACGGACACGGCUCCACUGCGCUGGAGAAGAAGCAGCAGCGGCGGCAGCAGCAGCGGCAGUCAUCGGAGUUUUUGGUUGUCGGCGAGCGCCGUGUCCUCCUGGGAAGCGAGAAUUUUUGCUGAGUGCGCACAAACAAUAUAUAUUGCUCGUGCCUUUGCGCGCGUGUCCUGUGCGUGUGUGUGUGAGUGAGUGUGUGCGAGUGAGUGUGUCUGUGCGUGCAGUAAGUGUGAGUGAGUGUGUGCGAGUGAGUGUGUCUGUGAGUGUGAGUGAGUGCGUGUGCGUGUCUGUGCGUGUGAGUGUGUCUGUGCGUGUGGGUGUGCGUGCGUGUGAGUGAGUGUGCGUGUGAGUGAGUGCGAGUGAGUGUGAGUGUCUGUGCGUGUGCGUUCGCUGUGUAAUCAUGAACGAGCGGACGGUGGCGGCGCCUGUGAUCAGCAGCGCGCGUGCUUAGCUGCGGGCGUUGAACAGGGACGGCCAGUCCACCUCGCAACAACUCCAACAUCGUCGUGGUCAGCGUCACCAUCCUCAACGGCACCUCGUGUCAUGCCGCUCCGUGCCGCGCGUUGAGAGGAAUCGAGAUGUCUCAAGCGGCCCUGGACGUCAUCGGCGCCUGGGGAGGCGAUGUAGCCGUCUCUGUGGCCCACGAGUGGGACGAUGUGGACCUGCCCGAGCCCGUGUGCCGCAGGAGGAGCAAGAGCCUGCUCGUGACGGACAGGAGGCGACGAGGCGUCGAGCUGGGGCGAUUCGUGCGUCGCAGCGUGAACCUCUGCGACUCGAGCGUGAGCGAAAAGGCGAGCGCCUCGGAUGGAGAGUGCCCGGGUCCUGUCAACGGCCUCGAGCUGAGCGGAUCUAAGGGGAGUGGCGGCGGAGACGGCGAAGACGUUGGUGGUAGUGGAGGUGAUGGAGGUGAUGGACCAGGUGGAAGAGGAGGAGGUGGUGGUGGUGGUGGUGUCCCGUUCGCAAGGCUGAGAGGCAGCAACACCAGGAUCAAGCGAUGCACUCGCAGCGCCGACGAUGAUGAGGACGACGAUGAUGAUGCCGAUGACGACGACGACGAUGAUGACGAGGACGACGAGGACGAGGAUAAAUAUACACUCGAGGAGGACGGCGAUGAGAAGAUGAAGGUGGCGCAUUCGGUCGUGGCCGUACGUCGCAGGAACUCAGCUGCGGUAACCUUCAAGAGUAGCGACGACGUGAAGCUGAUCGUGAACGAGUACGCGGGGCCCGAAAGUCAGGAGAGCUCGGAGAGCGGAGACGAUGCCGAGACCCCCUCGGUCACGGUGGAACCCCUCGACUCAGCAGAUGGCACAGAGAGGAUCCAGCAGCAGCAGCAGCUGGAGGUGCCAGAAGACCCCCAGUUGCAUCUUGAGCAGCAACAGCAGCAGAAUGAGCAGCAGCCGCAGCAACAGCAGCAGCAACAUCCGCAGAAGCAGGAGCAGCGGAAUACGCAAAAUAACGACUCAGACGAUGAAGAAACGGACGACGAUAGGGGCAUGAAGGCGGUGGACACCUCGCCUCGAGGGCGAUUUCUCAAGUUCAGCAUUGAGCUGGGCCGCGGCUCCUUCAAGACGGUCUACAAGGGUCUGGACACGGACACGUGGGUGGAUGUGGCGUGGUGCGAGCUGCAGGACCGCAAGCUGUCGCGCAGCGAGCGGCAGAGGUUCCGCGAGGAAGCCGAGAUGCUCAAGGGGCUGCAGCACCCGAACAUCGUGCGCUUUUACGACUCGUGGGAGACGAACGCCAACGUCAAGGGCAAGAAGUGCAUCGUGCUCAUCACCGAGAUGAUGACGUCCGGCACGCUCAAGACCUACCUGAAGCGCUUCAAGGUGAUGAAGAUCAAGCUGAUGCGCAGCUGGUGCCGCCAGAUCCUCAAGGGGCUGCACUUUCUGCACACGCGCGACCCGCCCAUCAUCCACCGCGACCUCAAGUGCGACAACGUGUUCAUCACGGGGCCCACGGGCUCCGUCAAGAUCGGUGACCUGGGCCUCGCCACGCUCAAGAGGGCCUCCUUCGCCAAGAGCGUCAUCGGCACGCCGGAGUUCAUGGCCCCAGAGAUGUACGAGGAGCACUACGACGAGUCGGUGGACGUGUACGCGUUCGGCAUGUGCAUGCUGGAGAUGGCCACGUCCGAGUACCCCUACUCCGAGUGCCACAACGCCGCGCAGAUCUACCGCCGCGUCACCAACGGGGUGAAGCCUGCGAGCUUCGACAAGGUGGCCUUCCCCGAGGUGAAGGAGAUCAUCGAAGGAUGCAUCCGCAAGACCAGCGACGAGCGCUUCUCCAUCAAGGACCUGCUGGCGCACGCGUUCUUCGCGGAGGACACGGGCGUGCGCGUGGAGCUGGCGGAGGAGGACGACGGCGAGCGGAGGACCAUCAAGCUGUGGCUGCGCGUGGAGGACUCGCGCAAGCUGCGGGGCCGUUACCGCGACAACGAGGCCGUCGAGUUCAGCUUCGACCUCGACUUUGACAUCCCGGAGCAGGUGGCCCAGGAGAUGGUCGAGUCGAGCAUCAUCCACGAGAGCGACCUGAAGACGGUCGCCAAGGCGAUCAGGGACCGCGUGACCCUGCUGCGGAGCAAGCGCGACGAGCUGGAGAAGGCGCGCCGGGAGAAGGCGCGGGGCGAGGCCGAGGAGGAGGAGCAGCAGCAGCAGCAGCAGGAGCUGCGGCAGAGGGAGGCCGAUGCCCACGCCCGCGAUGCCUGGCUCGCCGGCCGGGCCUCCGCCCUGUCCUCGCCACCGGCCGCCAGGACGCCGGCGGGAGAUUUCGCGCUCGGCCCAUCGGCCGAGGCGGACGAACCGGAGGCCGAUCGUUACCGGGACGCGGCGCUGACGCCGUCGUACGGCCGCGCCGACAGCGGCCGUGGCUCCUCGUGCCACACGGACACGCAGGGCAGCCAACAGGGCCUGGCGCGCGCCCCCAUCCCCGACGCGUUCGCGUCCACGCCGUCGUCCACGCCCGCCACACCGUCGUCCGCGCCCCCCACCACGCCGUCGGGGCCCCAGGCGUCGCCGGGGCCGCAGGUGUCGCCGCCCCUCUCCUCGCUGCCGUACCUCCGGCAGCAAAUGCCUCAGCGCCGACACAGCCUCUCCGUGUGCCUCCUCCACCCCGGCGCGGCCAGCCGACCGUCGAGCCCUCGCUCUCCCUCCCCGCCCCCCUGCCCAUCCCCCCUGCUCCCCCUCCACCAGCUGCCGCACUUCCCAUCCCCUCCAUCGCCGCAACCUCCUCCUCCUCACCACCAUCAUCAUUACCAUCAUCACCUUCACCCUGGCAGCGCCGUUGCCGCAGCGGCGGCGGCGGCCCCCCUCCACGCCCGGACCCCCGGCGGGCGCCGCCUCUCGCUCACAGAGGACCUGGCGCGAGCUCUCGACCUCUUGCUGCCCAUGCGCAGCGGCGGCGCCAGCGGCGGCGCCAGCGGCGCCACUAGCGGAGCCCCUUCGGGGCCGGGCUCGCGGUGCGACUCGCCGGUGCCGCGCGGUCGGCGGUACAGCCUCCCCGCGCUCGCUCUCUCCGCCACCAGACACCUGCCGGUCGCCGCACAUUGCGCGGGCGACGGCGCCGCUCUCUCGUUCAGCUCCAUUCCCGAACGGCCGAGCGCCGGGCCGCCCCGCUCUCCAUUCCAUCUGCACUCCCCCUCCAGCCCCCCCCCCGGCUUUUUCUACCACCGCCACGCCGGUGCGGGCGGCUCUCUCACCGAGGCCCUGCCGCGCCACGUCCACCACUGGGCCGGGCCGAGCAACCUCGCUCGGUUCUCGUACCCGCCGCCGCACUCGGGGCAGGGCGAGUCGUCGGCCGACGGUUUGUCCUUCGCGCCGGCUCUGAGCCGAGCGGGCUCCGGCGGGCAAAUAGAACGCAGCUCCAGCGGGGAAUCCCACCUGGCCGUCGCCGAGUGCCGCACGUCGAGCGAAGAUUCGCACUCCGCGGAAACGUACGCCGGCGCUUCUCCCGGGGAGUCCGCUGCCGGUCAGGCGCUCCUGGCGUUUCGGCACGGCGUGGCGCCGCACGCCCACGUGAUGUCGCAUCGCCACCACCACCAGCAGCAGCAGCAGCAACAGCAGCAACCGUCGCGUCCUGCAACGCCUCCGCCGCCCCUUGGCUGGUACGGCGGCUACAGCCCGCGGGCCGCGUCACCGCAGCCGCCUCUCCUCGCCUUCCCCGGCUCUCCCCAGCGGCCAACCGGACCCGGCGGCGUCCAGCAGCAGCCGCCGCCGCUGGAUUUCCGCACCUCGCCGGAACAAUUUUACAGCCACCAGCAGCUCCUGCAGUUGAGGCAGCAGGACGGCGGGCACGGCGCCCCGUGCCCGUCUCCCGACUGGCAGCGGCCGGACUACGGCUUCCGGUCCGACCUGGCGGGCGCCCCGCAGCAGGAGGCUUUCUACGGACAGCACGGAGCCGCGGCGAUGCCCUCCGCGAUGCCGACGGCGUCCCUUGACUUUCGCUUCCCCGCCCUCACGCCGGGCUUUGACGCGCGGCCGCCGGCGCGGCCAGGGCCCCCAGUGGGCCGCGCACCUCCCGCCGUGCCCCAGUCGGCACCCCCCCUUCAAGACGGUGGCAGCGGCGGCGCUCAGUCGGCCUUCCCCUUCUUCUCCUCCUCGACUCCGUCGCGCAAGUCCAGCGACGUCGGCUCGCUCGGCUCGUUGGAAAAUGCGACGUGUGGCUCGCUCGAGGGCUGGCCGUCGCCCGUCGUCGCGCCCCUCGGGCUGGAAUACGAAGUGGCGUUUGGCUUCACCGAUGCCAGACCUCCUCUCCGUCUGCAGCAGCAGCUGCUGACUUCGCCAGCAUUCCCCUCCGCGGUCCUCCAGUCGGAACAGUCCUUGCCGAGCCCAUCGCAGGAGGAGCUUCCGUCCGUCUUUGGCACGACCUCUCCGCAGGCCGUGCAGCAGCAGCCUUGCGGCCCGGUGGAUGCCCCAGAAACCUUUGCGACGGAGCCGAGUCCAGGGGCCCAGGAGCUCAUCACGUCCCCUCCGCUCGCCGGCACGCUGGCUGAUGGCCUCACGUCGCCACCAAGUUGGUCGCCGGCAAAACAAGAGACCCGGACGCGGAGCUUCAGCGAAACGAUCCCCGUUCUGCAGCACAUGCAGCUCUUCCCCUCGUUCGACAGCACGCACUCGGACGCGGCAUCGGGCGUGGAGAUGAGCGACGGCUACGAGUGGCCCCCGGGCGGCGACGAGGACAGGAGGGCGACCCGCAGGCCGCGCCGGCGGCCCACGCGAACCCGCUCGCGCCACGACAAGACCACGCGGCCCAAGCUCCAGAUCCUCUCUGUGUCCAACAGCGGCGACAAGGAGGUGGAGUGCCAAAUGGAGACGCACAACCACAAGAAGGUGACCUUCAAGUUUGACCUGGACGGAGACGUACCCGAGGACAUCGCGCACCACAUGGUGGAAAACGACUUCAUCCUGAAGAAUGAGCUCGAGGCUUUCGUGGAGCAGAUCCGGGACAUCAUCGAGCGCGCCGCCGUGAUGCUCGGAGACUUGGGGACCGGCCAGGGAUCCGCCGCGGCGAGGGGCGGAGCGGAGGCGGGCGGGUGCAAGGAUUCCGAACAGGACAGAGCUCCAGCGCCAGGUGCCAACGCGGACACGACGGUGGUGCACGCCGGGGGCCGCCGCUUCUUUGUGAGCCCCGUGGUGGAACCGGCGGCGACGACGCCAACGGCCGAGGAGCAGACGGACGCCCCGGCGUCCGGAACGGCCACCCGGCCCGGAGGAGCGUGGGAGCAGCAGGGCACAGCGACGCCCCCUCGUCGCGCCCUCACCACUGACCCGUCCCCUCUCGCGGCGGCCGCGGCGCCGACGGCGGCCGAGGCGACGUCGCCGCCCGCGGCGCCGUCGUCGGCGGGGCCGACCCCGGCCGCGGCCUCCGCCAGCACCGCCACGACGCCCGGCGGCGGCGCCUUCUCUCCCGCAUCGGGCGACGCCGACGGGGAGGGCCCGGCGCGGGGGGCCGGGAGCCUCGCCAACGACGACAUCCGCUCGCUGGACGAGAAGCUGCGCUGCCUCUUCCAGGAGCAGCACGUGUGCGGCGGCGAGCAAUCGGACGGCGCCGCCUCUCCCAGCCGCGUCGCAUCGCCCGCCCGGGCUUCGUCCGUCGUCUCCCCGUCGUCCCCGGCGCCCGGCCCCGUGGGGCCGCCCGGCAGCGUGGGCUCGCCGGCGAGCUCACGCCGCGCGGAGGGAGUCGUCACGCCGCUGGCGCUCACGGUCCUCGGCAGCCCCAAGCAGCGCCGGCCGGGGGUGUCGCGCAUGCCGAGUCAAGACUCGGAGCGAGGGAGUGACCGGUGCAACACUCCACCCGCGUCGCUCCCAUUGAGCAUGGUGGCGCAGCCGUCGCCCGGCAAGGACCCCGGCGAGACAAAGGAGCAGGGCUUCAAGAAAGGGAGAUUCCAGGUCUGCCUGACGUCUGCGAAGGAUUUAAUCGGGGCCCGUUCGGACAGCGUCGGAGAGUCGACUCCCGCGAGCCCCCUCGGCGUCGACACGGGCGACAAACGCAGCUUCGCCGCCGCCGCCACCUCCGCUCAAUCCGCCGCAAUGCAUUCUGGGAGCUCGGAUAUACGGGCUGAGGCGGUGCCGGGUUCGCCGGCGAAGCGCUCGGUGAUCGGGCGCUUCCAGGUCACGUCGGCGAGCGAGGCCGCCGCCGCCACGCUGGGCCGAUUCCUCGUCACCAAGGCGACCGACCGGGGCUCGCUCGCCUCCUCCGGCGGGGCGCCCCACGAGGCCUCGCCGCCGCAGGCCACGUCCCGAGACUCGGGGGUCGAGAGUUGGCCUCCCGCCACGCCGGCCCCGGCGCUCGCCUCCUCCGGCCUCGCCUCCGCGCGCGGCGAAACCGACGGCGGCGGGAGAGCGGCGGCGCUCGAAGCGGACGGCGUCCCCCAAACCGAGCGGCCGCCGGCGCCGGCGGCGGCCGUGUCGGCGUCGGCGGCGGAGGCCGCGUCGUCGCGGGUCUCCUCCGGAGCGGAAGAGGUGAACGUCGGGCGGGCGGCGAAGCCGACGGCGGCGAGCGGAGGCGGCGUGCGCGGGUGGGCGGGCGCGGACGCCGAGUUGCCGGCAGAGGCGCCGUCCCCCUGGGCCGUGUGCCUGCGGUCGGCGCUGCCCGUGUGCCCAGUCGUCGUCGGUGGCGGCGGAGCGUCGUCGUCGCACGUGGCCACGGUGGCCGCGUACGGGAGCAGCGAUAACGACUCGGAGGAGGCGGAGGACGACGAGCUCAAGAUGGAGCUGAGCAGGCUGCGAGAAAAACACCUGAAGGAGCUGGCGGAGCUGCAGGCCGCGCAGCGCCGCGAGAUGGAGGAACUCUACCGCCGGCUGAACCGAGCGCCGCCGCAGCUGCUGCUGCAGCUCCACCCGCCGGCUGGGCGGCGCCGCAGGACCAGCAAGGGCCGCAUCGCCCGUGCCUCCCGCGUGAGCACGGCACACGCCCUGCCAGGCAUCUUCCAGCCGUCCUCUUCCUCCCAGCCCGCAGACGGCACGCGGCCCACUGGUGGUCAUGGCCAGGCGGGGCCGCCACUGGGUCAGCCCGGCGGCGGCGGCGGCGCCAUCACCGCCGCCAGCUUGGAGCCGCCGCGGCGAGCCGUGCGGCACUCCGUGUCGGUGGACACCCUCCACUUGGGGGGUUCUGGCGAGGGGCUUCCCCACCAGCCCAUAGCAGGCUGGACCGUGUUCCAUCGCGUCGGCGAUCACGUCACGUACAAAACCAGCGGGCGCCCUCGCCCGCGGUUCCUCAGCGGACCCAUCUCGCUCACUCUGUGGACCGGCAUGGGAGGAGCGACGCACAUCGCUCAGGUCGUCGGCUGCCUGCAACCACGCUUCCCGGAAUCACCUUUGGCGACGACGCCCGCCGCUGCGAGGAACUUAACUGAACGUCCGCAGCAGCAGACUCCCGCCAACGCCGCGCCUGCCGAGCCCGCCUCUCAACCGAGCGCCGGGCCAGCUCAGCAGGCCGAAUCCAGAGCCCCCGCUCACGUGCUGGGCAGAGCGAGCCAGCCCGCAACGCAGCAGAGCACCUCCGUUCAUAACUCGCCAGGCCAGCGUGCCGUCGAGCUGGGCCAGAGCGUACAGCAGCAGCAUCAGCAACAGCUUCAGCAGCAUCAGCAGCAGCUUCAGCAGCAUCAGCAGCAGCAACAGCAUCAGCAGCAACAGCUUCAGCAGCAGCAGCUCCAGCAGCAGCAGCUUCAGCAUCAACAUCAGCAGCAGCAGCAACAUCAUCAGCAGCAGCAACAUCAGCAGCAACAACAACAACAUCAGCAGCAGCAGCUUCAACAACAUCAGCAACAGCACCAACAGCAGCAGCAGCAGCUUCAGCAGCAGCAGCAAGGCAUGGUACUAACGAAUCAGCCAGCUCCACAAUCCUACCCCACUACAUCCACCAACAAUAACAACAACAACACGGAUCCUGCCACCAGCAGAACCGUCUCGGCUCAGCUGCCGCAGCAGCCUGGCAACACCGGACAGUAUCCCCAGGGCUUCCGGCCGCCUCCGGCCUCUGCGCAGGUGAGUCCGCCGGUGCGACCCACGCAGCUCAGCUUGAGCGCCGCGCCCAGCCCGACCAUCUUCAUCCCCAACUGGUCGAGCGACCCGACCAUCCACCGGCCCCUCGCCGGCCAGAUGACCCCCCCACCGGCGUGCCAGCCCGCCGCUCAGGCGCCCGUGUCGCGGCAGCACAGCCUGCCUGCCGUAGGCCUCGGGGGAAACGGCGGCUCGCUGACGAUGCCCAACGUCGCCAAGAAGACGACCUUCACGGACGACUUUCACCGUCUGCUUGACAACUGGGCGCGCGACGCAGUCGGGGUGUCCGGGAUGCCGGGCAGCGGUAGCGGUGGCGGUGGCGGCGGCAGCGGUGGCGGGGCGAGUUUUGCCGGGGCCAGGCAGAUUUGGCAGAGGACUGAGCAGCAGGGAGGAGCUGCCGCUGGUGGUGUUGCUGGGGCCGGCGGGGCGAGAGCAGGCCGGCUCGUCAGCGCUCCGAGCGUGCAGCAGAGGCAGCCGAUGCAUCAGCAGCCGGACACGCCCCAGAUGACGCGCAAGCUGUCCGUGCCGAGCCAGAUGGGCGCCCCUGGCGCCACCCAGCCCGGCAGGCCUCUCACUCCACUGCAGGCUCCCAUGUCCCCGGCCUACCCCAUGCCGUACGGGGCAACGGCGCAACCGCACGCGGCUUACCACAGCACGUGGCACGGCCUGCCACCCUCAGUGGGGCUCCCACACUUCCAGCAGCCAGCGGCAACGAUGGGCUAUGGCAUUCCCACGGCACCAGGCCUGCAGACGGCCAUGACGCACGUGGCCACACAGCACAAGCCGGGCCUGGGCAGGGCUUCGCCUGGAUUCUGAGGUCCUCCUUCCUUCCUGCGUGCGCGCACGUGCGUGUGUGUGCGUGCGCGGCGCUGUGUAGGUUCAUAGUUUCAGCACGUGGCGGCGAAGGCAGGCGGUCGAGCAAAAGUUUUUAUUAUUUUCCUUGUGCACUUUAAACGUGGGCUGUGCAGUAAUAGCAGGGCGGGGCAGGGUGGGAGGGGGGCCCAGGUUUGCGGGAGGCUGUAACGCCGAUGACCGCGUAACAACGACUGCUCGACUGCGUCGUUCGAGCACCUUCCCGCGAAUGUCGAGAUUCCAAUUGAAGCCAACGCCUCAACUCAGAAUGAAACACGCCCGCCCGCCCCCCACCCUACCUUGCUUGAGUAAGUAGCCGAGACGAUGUGGCUUCAUUCACACGUUUGUUAAAAAAUAAAUAGCGGUUUACAUAAUCCUUUCUUGGGGGGGGGGGGGGGAGUGGGGAGAGCGAGCAGUUCACGAAUGUCUAUAUCCCCUCCCCCCAUCAAAAAUUGGCUGAGAAGUAGUUUUUUGAUGCAACACAUGAAAUAUACCCCCUCAAGUGCGCUACCAUUAAUAAAAACAUACAUAUAGGCCGUCUCCAACUUAUAUGUAACGCAAGCCCAAGACUGUGUGUGAUUAAUGGGGGUUGGGUUUUUUUGGGGAUGCAUAUCAAUGCAGAAACACAUCAAGUUAACUCCGGGAACAAAGGCUGUGAAUUUGGGUAUUCUAUUGCAAAAAGAAACAUCACAAAAACACAGACAAAAGUAUACGUGAUAUUAUAUAUAUAUGGUAAUGGGUACUAAAAUCCUUAGCGAGAAUAUGCAAUGAGAUUGUGGUAUUAAAACACGGCCAGGAUAGAAUGCGUGGGGCUUGUUUGUUUGUAAGCUGUUUAUACCAAACUGUGAAAGGCUGCUGGGAGCCGCAAUGCCCUGGAUCGGUCUCGGUGGACAAUCCCAGAAUGCAGUGAUUGGAUGGCAUUUGUGCCCUACAACAGGGCAUCCAACCGGGCACCCACCACCGCUCUACCCCCACAAAUGGCUGAAUAUAUUCCAAAAGGCCUGUCAUUAAAAGACGAUGACAUUGACAACUACACCUGCCUGGGCAAGACUGCGAGCCCAUCACCUGCGCUCUAAAUUUGCACGACAAUGAGAUUUAAAUAAAGAAGAUAUAUAUGUGUGUGUGUAGAGGAGAGAGGAUGCUGCUACUGUUUUUAAAAUUAAGAGACAUAUUUCCUAUUUAAUGCUGCGGCCACUUCCGUGGAGCCGCAUGCUUUUUUUGUUUUGUCAGACAACCAGUAACCGGUCCGGUCGUACAAAGCACCCCAGAGCGCAUUGAAUUUCAUCUUCUCGUGUCACUCAAAGCGCGGCAAGCAGGAAAGGCCGUGUGGAGUGUGGCACAGGCGGUUAGCACGCCGCCCUGUGAACCCGGUGCACCCGAGUUCGAUUCCUGGUCCCAGCCGAAUACACUUUACUGAGUGAUAUCAGAACCGGGCCUUCCCUCAAUCCGCCUGCAUCAAACCGUGCUGACCAAGCAUGGUGAAAUAAAAAAAAAAACACAUAUAGGGUGGGAUGAGCUUUAUCUAAUAGUGGAUCGGGAAUUGAUGGAAUUUAUUAACACUUAUUAUUUAUGAGAAGUAAAGACCCUCUUCCAGGUAGUUUUAUACGACCGGCCGUUGGUACGGUAUGAGGGAAUGGUAAAUGUCCUGGCUCUAACCGCUGUCCACAGAGCUUUAGGCCAUGCUACAUCGUGUGCCUUCCACAUUUGUAAUGCCAAAUGUACACGCAGACGUGUUGACGAGUUAAUGUCGCUUUUGUGAGCGCGCGUGCGAGCUUCGCGGGGGCUUGUUAGGUGUGCGUUAGUUUUAGGGGCUGCGUUUUACGAUUUCACGUGGUAACAUUUUCUGGGAAGUAAUUAUACGCCACGGUGUCAGCUCUCAGCCCAUCAUCUCUCUUAUUAACGGGAUCGGUUAAAAUUGAGUACCGGACUGUGUUGUUGGAUGUCUACAGGAGAAGUUGUCCUGAUCCCCCCCGCCCCCCUCGACACUCGUUUAAAUAAAGGGAACACGCAAAUCGUUUUGGAAGGCCAUCGCAGCUUUCGAUUAUUUUUCUCAACUCAGCCACCAAAGUUUAAAAGGGGAAUUAACGAUUCAUAAUUCACGUCGAUCCCCAACUCUCCCCAUCGUCGGUCGCCCCCUCUCUAACGAUGGCUGUCCCGGGAAGUUUGCAAUCGCAGUGCUAAUUAUGCACCACUCCCGUGCCAACGCCUUUACGAGCUGUUUCUCAACCUCUUCCGGUAUCGUGGGAUGUUCCUUCUUCUCACCAUGAUAUCUCCCGAGUUGUUCGUCUGUGAUCUGGGGGGCGGGGGGGGGGGUCACGGAUAAAAAUUCGAUUAUUUUGCCUCGCUCGUAGAAUUCGUCGAGACGGUCAAAGUCGAUGGAACGUCCACGUGCCACGUUUGCGCGACUCAAAAACGACCCCCAUUCCCUGCACUCACAGAUCCACGCGUGGUGCCAUUGCGUGAUAAUUAUUUUCAUGAUCGAUCAUUGCCGUAUCCAUUGCUCGCCUAUUAGACAAUAGCAAUUCAAUAAUUGGACAUACGAACGUCAUUGGCGGCACACCGGUGCGCGGUAUAAAGACAAGCACAUUUUUCUCAAUGAUUAUUUCUUUUCCCGCGAUUCACGAACCUCGGUCAGAAACAUGUGCGUCAAAGUCCGUUCUCGUGUUGAUGUGCGAAGCAGUAUGCGAGACGAAUGGUACUGAGCAGCCGAACGCAAAGCUUCACAGUCUGUUGCCUUAUAGCAGCACCCAGCCUGGUGACGAUUGUCUGGCUCCGUGUUUCAAAGGCAAGAUUUUAUUUCUCGUGCCCGAGACCUGGUCGGAGGAUUCCUCGAUUCAUUUCCAGAAUCAUUUAUUGGCGGACGGUGGCAUCCACCCGUGUCACACUUUCGAAUGGUAAACCAGCUGCUGAAUCAUAAGGCAACUUGUUAUGGAGAGUAUUGCAGCUCACUCAUGGGUAACGGCGACAUUGUCAGGCAGUUUUAUGAGGACCGGUGUGUUAUGCCGCACCGGUGUUCCGCCAAUACGUCCACAUGAUCGUACAAAACAAAACAAAAACUCGCAUCACGAACCCCUUAGCGAGCGCGCCGAUUUCGACCGUGCGAGCGAGCGCGCCGAUUUCGAGAGCGAUCUUCUUUUGCCCGCCGAUCGUUCGGUUGUGGUGGAUCCAAUUACUCCACCACCUCCACCCCCGCGUCCACCCCUAGACAAGUUUGUUGUGGCGGUUUCGGGGGGGGGACCUACAACCGAGGUUGGAGAGCUCAAAGGAAUGGGCGAGUGUGAGCAACGUUGCCCCGACUGUUGGGUGGGUGCCGGUCCGCGCAAGGGCAUCUUAAAUGCCGCGAGAGGCGAUGGGUUUGGGUUAUUGGCUCCUCGGCCCUUGUAAGAGAGGAAUCGCGCGCCGUCGAAUCGGAACGGCCGAUAGCGCAAACGAUGUCACCGUGCCUGUACUGCGGUCGCUUUUACCGUCAAAAGGUCGGUUCGGCUGUUGUGUGGCAGUCAACCAACUCGACAGACAGAGAGAGAGAGGUACAAAAAACGUUGAAACGUUGGAGAGAAAAAAUGAAAUCACCAAAAAAAUCUAUAUCCCGACGCAGGGGAAUUAUAAAUGCUUGCGUCUGCACACCAUGCCUCGGAGACGUCGAGUCUUCUAAUGCUGUUAUCGCUAACGAGUGCCUCUUGUUUCACGGUGCAGGUUGGACAUUGUUCACGUGCUCGUAGUAUGUGUACGCCUGUGGUAUUGAUAGCACGCGCGUGUUUGUGUGUGGAGGUGAGCGGUGGCGCAGUGGUUAGCGCACUGCGCCACCGAGGUUGUAUUCACGGCCACCACGGCUGACAUCAGAGUGGCUGGCGGGCGAUAUCCGGAAGUUGUCCCGGUGCCUCGCUUUAGGUUGACUCAGCCAGAAAAAAAUAAUUAGAAACCCCAGUUAGCGGUGGUGCGUGUGCAUCGGUGCUGGGAAGACAAAGGCGGCCGGGGCGUGGUACUGGCCACACCACCCCCUUUGCGUGCCGCACCGGCCUUAACAGGUGCUCGCUAACAGCACUUGCCCCCCCAGAGUUUGUAAGGCUAAAGAGGUUUGUUGUCGUUGGCGUGUUACAAAACAGGGUGGAUCGAACAAGCUUAUUGUGUCUGAACUGCGACUUUCAAAAACAAAUGUUAAAGUGAAUGUACGACUAUUAAUGAGAAAACCCCCACACGUUUAUUAUUUCUUGUUAUUGUUCCCCGUUACUUCUCCCUUGUCCUUCUUUUCUUAACGCCGAUAUUAUCAAGUAAGUAUACGCUUUGUCGCGACCUGUUGUUAGUCGCGCAGUAAUGCCGCGGCAGGAGAAAGCCAAUGUCGGUAUGAUGGUCGUGUAUAAACUGCUACAAUAUACAAAGCGUGAA